CCAUUCUCCUCUUCUAUAUAUACAACAUCAUUUUUAUCCAUAAUUUCUAUCACUACCGUCGGCCAUGAAAAUUCCUUGAACUUGCCAAUCUCGGCUUUGCUUGCUUCAGCUACUCACUCGCCAUGGUCUCCGUAGAUGAUUCACACUCUCACUCACAAUCUAAUCCAAACAUCAAUUACCGUUUCAACUGCAACCAAGCUCGGCCGCCGCCCUCCUCCGCUUCGGUUACCCGCUCUAUGGGCCGCUCCAUGCGCACAAUCCGCUCCACCAUCUUCGACACCGACCAAUCCCUUCCGGUCUUCGACAAAUCGCCCAACCUAUCGGAGAAUCUCACCGACUCCGUCAUCGACCUACGCCUCGGCGAGCUCGCCACUAAAUCAUCUACCGAUUCUAAGAGCCACUCCGACGACAUGCUGGACAUCUCACGCGCCUUCACCGAUUUCUCCGCCUGCUCCAGCGACAUCUCCGGCGAGCUUCAGCGCCUCGCCACUCUCCCGGAUCCCACUCUCAGUCAAGCUACUGCCUCUGACCACGACCAGGAGCCUUGUUCCGGUUUUCUCCAGAGAGAAACGUUUUCCACGGAGAUAAUCGAGAGCAUCUCGCCGGAAGACCUCCAACCAACCGUCAAGCUCUGCGUCGACGGCUUGCGGUCUUCUUCAAUUGCAGUCAAGAGGUCGGCGGCGGCUAAAUUGCGGUUACUGGCGAAGAACCGGGCCGAUAAUCGGGCUUUGAUUGGGGAGUCGGGCGCGGUGCCCGCUCUGAUUCCGCUUCUCAAUUGCUCGGACGCUAUGACGCAGGAGCACGCGGUGACGGCGCUGCUCAAUCUGUCCCUCCACGACGGCAACAAGAGCGUGUUAACCAGAGCCGGCGCAGUCAAAUCCCUAAUUUACGUGCUGAAAACAGGUACCGAGGCGUCCAAGCAGAACGCUGCCUGCGCGCUGCUGAGUUUGGCUCUGGUCGACGAGUACAAGCUGUCGAUUGGGGCUUGCGGCGCGAUUCCGCCGCUGGUUGCGUUGCUGAUAAACGGCUCGGUCAGGGGGAAGAAGGACGCGCUCACGACGCUCUACAAGCUGUGCUCCGUCUCGUUGAAUAAGGAGAGAGCGGUUAGCGCUGGUGUCGUCAGGCCGCUGGUGGGGCUGGUGGUUGAACAGGGGAGUGGAUUGUCGGAGAAGGCGAUGGUGGUUUUGAGCAGCUUGGCGGCGAUUGAGAUGGGCCAAGAGGCGAUCAUUGAGGAAGGCGGGAUUGCGGCUUUGGUGGAGGCGAUUGAGGAUGGGAGCAGCAAAGGGAAGGAGUUCGCAGUGCUGACUCUUCUCCAGCUUUGCGCCGAGAGUGUUAGGAACAGGGGAUUGCUGGUCAGAGAAGGGGGCAUUCCGCCGUUGGUGGCGCUGUCACAGAAUGGGACGGCUAAAGCUAAGCAUAAGGCUGAAAGGCUUCUUGGUUACUUAAGAGAGCCAAGACAAGAAGCUUCUUCCUCAAGUCCAUAAAAGUGAGGGUGAGGUAUAAUAAAUGGCUUAUUAUUACACUAUGCUGUUGUGAUGGCUUGCUGUUGGCUGUAUAUAGCAAGUGUUUUCUUGGACUUGUACAUAGAGUGGUUGAGUAAUUUAAACCAAAUAUCAAGAAAAACAAAUUAAGAAGCUACUAGUUAGUGAUAAGGAGCUGACCUCAGUAGUUGUAUUUUAUGUUUGGUUGACUGGUUCUCUUCUGGGGAGGUCUUCACCCUGAUCGGGUGAUCCAUGCCUUUUUCUGACUGCUGCCGUUUAAGUUUUUUUUUUUUUUUCCUUUCUUGAGAAUUCCGGUCAUCAUCCUUGGUUUUGUUGGGUGUGGCCCGAAGGUAGUCUGAUUCGGAUUUCAGACUAGGCAUAAGUUUUAGUAUGUGCUCAAGCUUACUUUGUUGUAAUAUCGAUGUUGUAUUUGUGUUUUACGUUCAUGUAUCGGUGUGCAGGGGCGAGGGAAGGGCUGCCUGCAUGCCCAUUAGUUUGUAUUGAUGUGAAUAUAUCUUAUAUCUUGAAUACAAGACGCUUUUAUUGCACUAGUUAAGUGUUUCACUUUCAGUUGAGUGAUGUGUGAUCCUUUGACCUGUUUGUUUAAGAUUGAAAAUUAAAGUGGAAUGCAGGAGAGGAAACAAAGGUUAAGGUGCUAGUUAUUCUGAAUUAAAGAGGGAAUUUAUGGCAAGAAUAUGGUAUGGACUAUGGAGUAGAAUUGAAACAUAAGAAUGGAGGUGGGUGGGACCUGAGCCUGUGGUGUAAAGUUGGUCCACCAACAACAUGCAGUCGUGCAAUUUACCAUGAUAGGGUCCAGCCACCGAACCCACACCCAGAUUACGUAGUUUGGUGGUGAAUCUCUCUCUCUCCUUGGGCUUCUUUUUUUUUUCUUCUCUUUGUUAUUAUGGCCAUAGCUGGCAGAGCAGGUAGGUAUUUUUUGUCGUGCAGUCCAGUUUUCUAUUCCCAGCCUUUUUAUUUAUUUAUUUAUUUAUUAUUGGUUUUUGGUUGCUAGUGUCGGUGUAUUUAGGAGGGGGCAAAAGUAGGAAACCAUGGCAUGCCCAUCUUUAUUCCCAACUUUGUAGAUUCCAUUCAUUGUAAAAGCUUUUACAUUUGUACCAAAUCAUGAAUUUCACUAAUUUAAUCGAGUUCGAGUUUAUUCC